AUGCAGUGGGAUGGGAUGCUGUGCCAGAGCCCGGUGCCACCCACAGGUGGGUACCUGGCACACAGCCUGGCCAUCCUGACGGACGCUGCCCACCUGCUGACAGACGUGGGCAGCAUGGCUGUCAGCCUCUUCUCACUUUGGGUGUCCACCCGCCCGCCCACCGCCACCAUGACCUUCGGCUGGCACCGCUCGGAGACGCUGGGUGCGCUGGCCUCCGUGCUGUCCAUCUGGGUGGUGACCGCAGUGCUGCUCUACCUGGCGGCCGCCCGCAUCCUCAGCGCUGACUAUGAGAUCGAGGCACGCACCAUGCUGGCCACCUCUGCCUGUGCCGUGGGUGCCAACCUGGUCAUGGCCUACGUCCUGCACCAGGGCCACGGGCACGGCAUGGGGGGCUAUGAGCAGCUGGAGGGGGGCUGCCUGCCCGGCCGUGCCCCCCUGCCUGGCAGCACCAGCGUCCGUGCCGCCUUCGUGCACGUGGUGGGGGACCUGCUGCAGAGCGUCGGUGUCCUGCUGGCUGCCACCAUCAUCUACUUCAAGCCCCAGUGCAAGAUUGCAGACCCCAUCAGCACCCUCUUCUUCUCCAUCUUUGUCCUGGGCUCCACCAUCACCAUCCUCAGGGACGUCUUCAGGGUUCUCAUGGAAGAUGCCACUGCUGACCCUGAGACGGUGCUGCGGGAUGCCACGGGGCGGCUGCAACAGAAGUUUGGCUUCACCGCAUGCACAGUGCAGGUGGAGCGGUACCUGGAGGGGGUAGGAGGCUGCCCACACGGCCACAGCCCUCUGGCAUGA